AACAAGCACAGAGAGCGCUGCUUUGUUUGUGGAUUGUUUGGAGCGUUUUCAUUCAAAGUUUUGGAGUAGAAGUUACUGUUUUAUCCUCGGGAUGACGCGCACUUCUGCAGCUCUUCCUGUGAGGGAUCGUUUUUAAACCUGUCAAGAGUGAGUUGCUGUCAGCUGUGAUGUGCAGCAGCUGCAACAGCAUCGAUCUCAAACCGCCGGGCAGGAGCCGAGAGCAGGUUCCACACAUCCAAAUAUGCGCGUAAUUGGAGUGCUGUGGCGAGGCAUCCCUUGCUCCCCCACGGAGUCAGCGUUGUCGUGAUGUUCAAUACUUCGGGAAUUGAGCUCACUUUUAACAAGAAAGAGGAAAUUUCCGAAGUUACCAAUGGCACUCCGCAGCUGCUUUACAACGUCCUCGUCACCAUCAGCCCCACCACCAUGUGGAACGAGUCGUGCGGGGUGCAGCUGCAGGAAUUCGGGCGCCCCGAGAAGAUCAUCAUCGGGGUGAUGCUGGCGAUGAUCACGGCAGUCACGGUGAUGGGAAACACGCUGGUGGUGAUCGCGGUGUGCGUGGUGAAAAAGCUCAGACAGCCUUCAAACUACCUGCUGGUUUCCCUCGCGGUGGCGGACCUGUCAGUGGCCAUAGUGGUGAUGCCGUUUGUGAUAGUGACGGACCUGACGGGGGGAAAGUGGCUGUUUGGAGAGGUCUUCUGCAACAUCUUCAUCGGCAUGGAUGUAAUGUGCUGCACCGCCUCCAUCAUGACUCUGUGUGUGAUCAGCGUGGACAGAUAUCUGGGGAUCACACGGCCCCUCACCUACCCUGCCCGGCAGAAUGGUCAGCUGAUGGCGAAGAUGAUCCUGGGAGUGUGGUUGGUGUCAGCAUCCAUCACUCUGCCACCUUUCUGCGGCUGGGCUAAAAACGUCCACACAGCCGGUGUGUGCCUCAUUAGCCAAGACUUUGGCUACACCAUCUAUUCCACAGCUGUAGCCUUCUACAUCCCUAUGCUGGUCAUGCUGGUCAUGUACUACAAGAUCUUCAGGGCAGCUCGAAAGAGCGGCGCCAAGCACCGCUUCACCGACUUCUCACGCCGUGAGCGCCUGGAAACAGUGGCUAAUGAGGCGCUGCGGAUGCAGGGCCUAAAGCCGCCUGGUGUGGCGGAGGACUGCGCCGCCCUGUCGCGCCUGUUGAACCGUGAACGCAGAAACAUCUCCAUCUUCAAGCGGGAGCAGAAAGCGGCGACCACACUGGGGGUGAUCGUGGGGGUCUUCGCUGUUUGCUGGCUGCCAUUUUUCAUCCUCUCCACUGCCAGACCCUUCAUCUGUGGGGUGGAGUGUAGCUGCGUGCCCAUCUGGCUGGAGCGCACGCUGCUCUGGUUAGGCUACGCUAACUCGCUAAUGAACCCCUUCAUCUACGCCUUCUUCAACAGAGACCUACGCUCCACUUAUCGUGACCUUCUGCGCUGUCGUUAUCGAAACAUCAACCGCAGGCUGUCUGCUGUGGGCGUGCACGAGGCUCUCAAGGUUUAAAGAGGAAUAAUUCAUCAGCUGAUGUGACUCUCAGAAAGUGGGUGCUCGCACAAUUGGUGCUUACAGGGCGAUGUGCACACAGCGGGCCAGAGGAUCAGAUAAACAGCAGAGAGGGAGUCACUGUUGGUGGCUCUCUGGCCCCUCCACAAAGGCUGAGAGACAGCACCAUCACUUUGGUGUUUGUGACUCAGUCUUUCUAUUUUGGGAGAGAAAACCAUAGAGCGUACUUGAUGGGCUAUUCAAGUCGACACUGCUUUUGUGCAGAUACCACAAUCCCAUCCUGGCCCCGGAUUAAUGGCCGUAUAACGCAGUGACAGGAAACGACAUGUAAACACAAUCACUCAUGCCUGGGCUUUUAAAGGGAACAGAAGGAGAGCAGAUUUCUGUGUCGCGGAAAAUGUUUGAUAAAAGGAAACACAUUUGUUUUGUGGCACAAAGUCAUCGGAACAUCUUCAUUUGAACAUGUGUUUGAGCAAAUCAAAGAUUCAUUUCAAACAGAAAGUGAAAACUUUUGUGCUUUAAACCGUGAUUAUUUAUCACUUUUGUCACCAGUCAUAUCAGCAAAAUCAGCCCUUUCUCCAAAUUUAACUGAAGCUACUGUAAAAGUGUCACAAAUGUUUGAAAUGUGCCAAGGGGGUAAAAGUGGGCAAACCGUGGUGUUUAACUCAUUGAGUGCCAGCCCUUUUAUAAAAUGGAAAGUGGCUUGUGCCAGCUUUUUUGGCCAUUUUGAGUCAUCUUUCAAGACCCACAGAAUAUUUUGUACUAUGACUCUGAAAACAC